AUGCGGCUGGAGAAAGCAGCAGAUCUGGGCUGUGUGGAGAGGUCCACGGCCAAGUCACACCUUCACAACAAUCAUUUCACCGCCUUUGUACUCACAGCCUUCGAGGCCCCGGGGCGCCCAUGCGGCCCUAGCUGGGAGCGCGGCGCUGGCCAUGGCGGAGCCGGCCCAGGCCCAGCCCCAGCCCCAACCCCGGAGCCUGCAGCCCCCGCCCCGCCUCCCGCCCCCGCGGGGGGAGGCUCGGGGAGCGGCGGCGGAGGCGGCGGCGGGGGGGACCCGGCCCGGCCCGGCCUGAGCCAGCAGCAGCGCGCCAGCCAGCGGAAGGCGCAGGUGCGAGGCCUGCCCAGGGCCAAGAAGCUCGAGAAGCUCGGGGUCUUCUCCGCCUGCAAGGCCAACGACUCCUGCAAGUGCAAUGGCUGGAAGAACCCGAAUCCCCCCACGGCCCCCCGCAUGGACCUACAGCAGCCGGCCGCCAACCUGAGCGAGGCCUGUCGCAGCUGCGGGCACGCGCUGGCUGACCACGUGUCCCACUUGGAGAACGUCUCCGAGGACGAGAUCAGCCGGCUGCUGGGCAUGGUGGUCGACGUGGAGAACCUGUUUAUGUCUGUGCACAAGGAAGAGGACACUGACACCAAGCAGGUGUACUUCUACCUGUUCAAGCUCCUGCGCAAGUGCAUCCUGCAGAUGACAAGGCCCGUGGUGGAGGGCUCCUUGGGAAGCCCCCCCUUCGAGAAGCCCAACAUCGAGCAGGGCGUCCUGAAUUUCGUCCAGUACAAGUUCAGCCACCUGGCCCCCAAGGAGCGGCAGACGAUGUACGAGCUGUCCAAGAUGUUCCUGCUGUGCCUCAACUACUGGAAACUGGAGACGCCCGCCCAGUUCCGCCAGCGCUCGCAGGCCGAGGACGUGGCCGCCUACAAGGUCAACUACACCAGGUGGCUGUGCUACUGCCACGUCCCGCAGAGCUGCGACAGCCUGCCCCGCUACGAGACCACCCACGUGUUUGGCCGCGGCCUCCUCAAGUCCAUCUUCACCGUGACGCGGCGCCAGCUCCUGGAGAAGUUCCGCGUGGAGAAGGACAAGCUGGUGCCCGAGAAGAGGACGCUGAUCCUCACCCACUUCCCCAAGUUCCUGUCGAUGCUGGAGGAGGAGAUCUAUGGCGAGAACUCACCCAUCUGGGCAGCCGGUUUUACCUUGCCCGCGGCGGAGGGGACUCAGCUUGGGCCCCAGCCAGCCGCCGUUAGCGCCACGGCCGUGCCCACCACCCCGCUCUUCAGCUCCAGCCUGGGAGGCGGCAGCAGCAACGGCGGCUGCGCCGGCAGCUCCCUGAGUGCCCGGGACACUGGCGCCGCUGAACCUUUGCCAGGCGAGAAACGGAAGCCGCAGGACAGCCUGACCCUGGAAGAUGCCAAGCGGCUGCGGGUGACGGGCGACAUUCCCAUGGAGCUGGUUAACGAGGUCAUGCUGACCGUCACCGACCCGGCCGCCAUGCUGGGCCCCGAGACCAGCCUGCUGUCGGCCAACGCGGCGCGGGACGAGACGGCGCGGCUGGAGGAGCGGCGUGGCAUCAUCGAGUUCCACGUGAUCGGGAACUCGCUGGCCCCCAAGGCCAGUCGGCGACUGCUGCUCUGGCUGGUCGGCCUGCAGAACGUCUUCUCCCACCAGCUGCCCCGUAUGCCCAAGGAGUACAUCGCCCGCCUCGUCUUUGACCCGAAGCACAAGACGCUGGCUCUGAUCAAGGACGGCCGGGUCAUCGGGGGGAUCUGCUUCCGCAUGUUCCCCACCCAGGGCUUCACCGAGAUUGUCUUCUGUGCCGUCACCUCCAAUGAGCAAGUCAAGGGCUACGGGACGCACCUGAUGAACCACCUGAAGGAAUAUCACAUCAAACACGGGAUCCUGUUCUUCCUCACUUACGCUGAUGAGUACGCCAUUGGCUACUUCAAGAAGCAGGGCUUUUCCAAAGACAUCAAGGUGCCCAAGAGCCGCUACCUGGGCUACAUCAAGGACUAUGAGGGGGCCACCCUGAUGGAGUGCGAGCUGAAUCCUCGCAUUCCCUACACCGAGCUGUCCCACAUCAUCAAGAAGCAGAAGGAGAUCAUCAAGAAGCUAAUCGAGCGAAAGCAGGCUCAGAUCCGGCGUGUCUACCCCGGGCUCAGCUGCUUCAAGGAAGGCGUCCGGCAGAUCCCCGUCGAGAGCAUCCCCGGCUUGCGAGAGACAGGCUGGAAGUCCCUUGGGAAGGAGAAGGGGAAGGAACUGAAAGAUCCAGACCAGCUGUAUACAACGCUCAAGAAUCUGCUGGCCCAGAUUAAGACGCACCCCAGUGCCUGGCCCUUCAUGGAGCCCGUGAAGAAGGCCGAAGCGCCAGACUAUUACGAGGUUAUUCGCUUCCCCAUCGAUCUGAAGACCAUGACGGAGAGGCUCCGAGCCCGCUACUACGUGACCAAGAAGCUGUUCGUGGCGGACCUGCAGCGGGUCAUCGCCAACUGCCGAGAAUACAACCCGCCCGACAGUGCCUACUGCCGCUGUGCCAACACCCUGGAGAAGUUCUUCUACUUCAAGCUCAAGGAGGGAGGGCUCAUCGACAAGUGACGCCCCUCCCUGGGAGCGGCCCCACGCUUGAAACUUGGGGGGGAGGGGGGGUGGGGGGUCUG